AUGCUCAAGUGUAUUUUGAUAAAACGUUCUGAUUUCGUUGAUGUUCUCGACACAGAUAACAGGUCGACCUUCAAGAGCCCGGGCUUGCGCCUGAUGGAGAUGAUGGGCUACAGGGUCGGAAACGGCCUCGGACGAAAGUUACAGGGCAGGCUCCGACCGCUCGAAACAACUGGCCAAGAGACCCGCGAAGGCUUCGGCUUUAAAACAAAAAACUACGAGAUGGCCAGCGACCCGGACAAGUGCACAAACGUCGAGUGGCUGGACAAUAUCCACAAGGAAGUACCGAGCGAGGAAAGCAUCUCGCGAUGGGAAAAGAAACGACUGAUGACCGACAACAUCGAGCUGGCCGGAGCGGUCUUUUGCGACAGCAAGUGGAUCGUCGUUGACAUCAUACUAUUGUCCACUGCACUGAAACACAAGCCGAGAGUUGGCCCGGACUCGUACACGGCUGACAUAAAAAUGGGCAACAUCGACAUAGUCUACGAGCACAUGUUCACGUGUCCAACCGUGGCCAAAAGGGACGAGUACCUGUACUUUGUGGACAUAAGCCCCGGGCCCCACUGGUUGUGCGACUACGUCCUCACGAAGAUGGAGGGUAAGGUACGGGGCUACGGCUUCGCGACGACGAGCUUCAACACUCUGCGGUCAUCAGAGGACGGAGCCAGGGCGUCCCCGCAUAUUUUUUCGAUCUACCAUGGCGCCGACAACGCCGGCAACAUCUACGACCUACGGGCCCAGCUCGCCUUCCGUGACACCAUCAUGUCCGAGACCUUGUCCGGUGUGCACAUUGCCAUGUGCGCGGGAGAAAACCCGGCCAAGGGUCACAACUGCGAGGAUGAGAUGACGACGAGGCAGCUGUACAUCUGUCAGCUUUACUUGGCCCUGAAGGUCAUGAGAGCUGGGGCUAACUUCGUCAUGAGGGUGGGCAACCUGUACUCGGUUUUUGGAGCCGGGUUAGUGUACUUGAUUUACCGGUGCUUUGAGCGUAUCAGUAUAUUCAAGCCGGCCACGUCCGAGCCGGCCGGGGCAGAGAGGUUUGUCAUCGGACAAGGAAAGUUGGCAGACACUAGGGUCAUUGAAAAUUAUCUGGCCAGGGUGAACGAUCGCAUUUUGGAGAGAAAGAGUGACAGGGAUAUCCUGGGCCUGGUUUUUUUCGAUGAUUUGGUAGAAGAUGUCAGAUUUCGGGAGUAUUUGAAGAAGUCAAAUGAAAAGAUCGGCCUGCAGCAUGUGGAAAGAAUGAAGGAGCUGAUGACUGCUUUGGAGUUUAGUAACAAUGACGAUGAUAGCAAAGUACAAGUGGUGGAACUAAUAAACAACGAUUAUGCAAAUCAAGAUGACCUCAAUGAUGACGAUGAAAUCGUUGUACUUGGAGAGAUUAUUUCCAAUAAUUACAAGUGUUUUGAACAGUGA